GACUCAUCAAACACUUGGACUGACCGUAUAAAUUUUGUAAGAUUAGGGUUUUUUGUUAUAGAUUAGGGUUUCCGCAGCGGGGAGGGAGGAAGAUCACAACAACAAAGCACAAACUACCCAGCUUACAGCCAUGGUUCUCAAGACAGAACUCUGCCGGUUCAGUGGAGCCAAGAUAUAUCCUGGAAGGGGAAUCAGAUUUGUUCGUGCUGAUUCUCAGGUGUUCCUGUUUGUCAACUCAAAAUGCAAAAGGUACUUCCACAACAGGUUGAAGCCAUCCAAACUUACUUGGACGGCUAUGUACAGGAAGCAGCAUAAGAAGGAUGCUGCUCAAGAGGCAGUCAAGAAGAGGCGUCGUGCCACCAAAAAGCCUUACUCAAGGUCCAUUGUAGGUGCAACCUUGGAGGUGAUCCAGAAGAGAAGAACUGAAAAGCCUGAAGUUCGUGAUGCUGCAAGGGAAGCUGCAUUGCGUGAAAUCAAGGAAAGGAUUAAGAAAACAAAAGACGAGAAAAAGGCAAAGAAGGCUGAAGUGAUGGCUAAAACUCAGAAGAGUUCAGGCAGAAGCAAUGUGCCCAAGGGUGUAGCAAACAAGGGAGCUAAACUCGGAGGUGGUGGCAAGCGUUAAAUACUUUGAGUUGUACCUUUAUCUUUUUGGUUUUCAAGUCUUGUAUCAGAUAAUCUUUCUGCAUUUGUUUUCCUAUGUUCAUCAGUACUUGGAGAUUUAAUUUUAAGAGAAUUUCUGACCUAUUAUAUACAAUAUGAAGUUUUUUCUUAA